UCAGAACUGCGCAGUGCGAUGGCCUGUCAAGAAUUAUUGAACUGUAAGCUCAUGGAUGGGUUUACGGAGACAUGCUUGACGGUGCACUAAAAGCAGGGUCUAAGCUCUUACAUUUACAGCCUUAAAGCUUUUUUCUGAUCGCAGAUAAAGAGCGGGAGUGGUGGCUGGCCAGCGGUGCUGCUACUGCUGCAUGAAACACCGGCCGGUGUGUUGGCAUUUAGUAAAGACAUUUUUCUAUGAACUUGUUGCCAUAUAGUGAUUUAUUAGACUAAGUUGCUUCGGCGUGGACGUGUAAGUGUAAAAAUGAGCGCAGUGGUUUAUGUUUUAUCCACGUUUACCGGUUACGUGCUUACAUCGGCUUUACUGCUGAAGUGUCCGUCUCUUCUGCAUCGGAGAAAGAGAGAAGCCUUUCGGAGCAGACACAUCUCACACCGCGGCGGUGCUGGUGAAAACUUGGAGAACACAAUGGCGGCCUUUAGGCACGCCGUUCAACUGGGCACAGACAUGUUGGAAUUGGACUGUCACUUGACCAAGGAUGAGCAGGUGGUCGUAUUGCAUGAUUCCAACCUGAAGAGGUCGACUGGCCUUAACUCGUACAUUUCUGACGUUGCCUACGCUGAUCUUCCACCUUACCUUUGUAAGCUUGGGGUGAGUUUCAAGCGAGAAUGCUUCUGUGAAGGUGGUGAUGACAAACGCAUCCCUCUGCUGAAAGACGUGUUUGAAGCUUUCCCAAACACCCCUGUAAACAUUGACAUCAAGGUCAACAAUGACACCCUCAUCAAGAAGGUGUCCGAGAUGGUCAUCCAACACAACAGGGAGCAUCUGACCGUCUGGGGAAACUCCAGCAAUGAAAUCAUUAAGAAAUGUUACAAACAGAAUCCACGGAUCCCACUCUUAUUCAGCUUGCACAGAGUGCUGUUGUUAUUGGGUCUUUUCUACACAGGGCUUUUGCCUUUUGUCCCACUCAAAGAGCAGUUCCUGGAGAUCCCCAUGCCUUCAAUCAUUUCUAAACUCAGAGACCCUGAUCGUCAGACACGGAGUCAACGGUUCAUAACAUGGCUGGCAGACACGCUUCUCAUGAGAAAAGCUCUAUUUGAUCAUCUGACAGACAGAGGAAUACAGGUAUAUGUCUGGGUGUUGAACGAUGAGGAGGACUUUAAACGUGCAUUUGACCUUGGGGCCACAGGGAUUAUGACAGACUAUCCCACCAAGCUGAAGGCGUUCAUGGAGAAAAAACAAUUAUGCCACCAAACUUAAAUAAGACAUGUCGAUCAGAGUAAACAAUCAGUAUGCUUUUUCACAGAUCUUUGGACUAUUUGGUUCAGAAAAGGCAUCUUAAUUACCCAACAUUUUAAUGUGUAUGUCCAUGAAUGUAGAAUUGGCAGCUAUCAGUUCUGCUUACUUUAGAGCCAUUUUAUAGCAAAUCCGAUAUCAUUGCUUUAACGUAUCCAUAGCAAUACACAUUAUCCAUAGUAAAGCCGGAGGAUUCAUGAGAGGCUAUUGCUGUGAUGCAUUAUACGUGGUUUUAGGGUGCUGUUGUGAUUGUCGUGAUAUUUCUGUGAAGUUUACAUGUGAAUGGUUUUAACAUGGGCACAUAUCAUACAGUACAUUAUUAACUGAUAGUGGAUUUUCCCAUUACAAUGUGAGGAUGUGAAUCCUAAUUGUAAUAGCUGUUUCCUCAUUUGCAUCAGUUUCUGUGGUAACACUGAACUCACUAAAGAGCUUCAAGCUUUACUGAUGUUUUUCCAAGGUACUGAAAAUAAAAACUAGUUUAAAUGAAUAUUCUAGGUUCAAUGCAAAUAAAGCUCAAUCGACAGCAUUUGUGUCAUUUUCUUGAUUACCACAAAAAUUUAUUUUGACCUGUCCCUCCUUUUCUUUAAAAAAAGAUUAAAUCUGGGUUACACUGAGACACUUACAAUGAAGUCAAUGGGGCCAGUCCGUAAACAUUAAAAUACUAAUUUCCACAAGACAUAAACAAUAUGUGUGUGUUAACAUGAUUUUAGUGCAAUAAAAUCACUUACCCUUUCCGUGUAACGUUAUUGCCAAUUUUACAACUCCAUUACCAUGAUGACUGUAAACUUAUUAUUUAAACAACUUUACAGCUCAAGUUUUAAGAGAAUAAUUAAUGUAAGUGCUUUUCUAAAAUUAUAAGCUUCAAAUAUCUGCCUUUAAACCCUACAAAAAUUGACUAACAUUCACUUCCAUUUUAAGUGCCUCACUGUAAGCUUGAUUCUUUUUUAAAGAAAAAAAAACAGAGUGAGUCACAAUUAAAUUUUGUUAAUUGAGCUUGACUUGUAUUGAAACCAGAAUAUUCCUUUAAAGGUAUAUUAUGGGAUCAUUGAAAGACCAAUACUCAAGAGUAUAUUAGAGCUGGUUUUGUAUGUUUAUUGCUAUACUCUGUGGUUUGAUUGAUUACCUGAUUAUAUAUAUAUAUAUAUACACACACACACAGCUCUGGAUAAAAUAAAGAGACCACUGCAAAAUUACCCUUUUCUAUUUCUAACUAUUUAUAGGUAUAUGUUUGAGUAAAAUU